GGGGGGCUAUAAAAAGAGGAGGUGCAGGGCAGCUGGGAGACAGGCGGAGGGAGGCUGAGAGAAGGAGAAGAGAGGACAGAGAGGCAGCAAGCACCAGAACACUCCUUGACCGACGCCAUCAUGGGCUCCUUCUCCACCAUCACCGCGAGCUUCCUCCUCUUCCUGGCGUGUCAGCUCCUGUGGCAAACAGGAGCUAACCCGGUAUAUGGCUCUGUGUCCAACGCAGACCUGAUGGAUUUCAAGAAUUUGCUGGACCAUUUGGAGGACAAGAUGCCUUUAGAAGAUGAAGUUGUGCCCCCACAAGUACUAAGUGAGCAGAAUGAGGAAGCUGGGGCAGCUCUUAGCCCCCUCCCUGAGGUGCCUCCCUGGGCUGGGGAGGUCAACCCAGCCCAGAGAGAUGGGGGUGCCCUUGGGCGGGGCUCCUGGGACUCCUCCGAUAGAUCUGCCCUCCUGAAAAGCAAGCUGAGGGCACUGCUUGCUGCCCCUCGGAGUCUGCGGAGGUCCAGCUGCUUUGGAGGCAGGAUGGACAGGAUUGGAGCUCAGAGUGGAUUGGGCUGCAACAGCUUCCGGUACCGAAGAUAAUGGCCAGGGAGGAAAAGGCAGGCCAAGCCCUGCACAGACUUCGAGAGACCCUCAUCCUUUGGGGUCUCUCACUCAACUUUGUCCCAUCUCAUUGCCAUCAAGUUGAGCCGUGAUGAGCACUCUAUUCAAGCUGCAGCCUCUUGUCAACGUUUCUCACAUUUUAUGCUGAAUGUAGACCAAGUGGUUUAAUUGUGGCUUCCCCUCCGCUCCCAUCCCAUGCAUUAAAUUUUAGGAUAGACGCUCACCCAUUACUGAAAGCUGUUUUGAAUCAUGAAUAAACUUCAGCACCACGGACAGAA